ACUCGUGUUUCUGUCAUCCCUUCUCAAAGCAUAUGACAGAUAAUCGACCCCUUGUAUAUGACAGGUUACGUGCACUAGGCUGAGUAUUUUCUUUUUCUCUUAUCCCUUUACAAUACUACUUGGCAUCGCCCCCAUGCACAUAAAAAGAAAGUCCCUGCCUACUUUGUAAAUGGAAAGCACGCCCAGAUCACUGACUGUUAUUGCCACCAUCAGCAGCAAUCGCAACCUGCCGUCCUCCACAGGUUUCGUGGGCCAGCUCAUCUCUCCCUGCCCGUGUCUCAGAAUAGCCCAGACGGCAUUGACCUACUGUGGGAUACCGAGGCCGAAUCCACUAUUUAGCAAUUUAACAGCUUUUUGUCACGAGGCCAUCAGAGGCAACCUAUUUCUAAUGAUUGCGAUCUGCGCACAGAUCAUAGCCGCGAGAGCCGUGUGGAGAAAAAGGGACAAGAGAAACAAAACCAGAGCUUGCAUAUACGAUGCUCAUAUUCAGACCCAAACUUGGAGACUCAGCCUCGAUUAGCUCAUGCAGUCUAUCUGAGUAAGCUCUUCAUAUCUCUCAAAGGAGAAAAUACCACCGUAAGAGAAAAAAAAAAAAAAAGUAAGCAAGAAAGAAGAGACAGAAAAGAAAAGAAAAGAAAAGAAAAG